AUGCCUCCUCCGGCGCUAGACCUCUCCCCGGACUUCAACCCCACCACCACCACCACCACCACCACCACCAAUGCCUCGACAACAACAUCAAUCACAAAACAACGAACCCUCCUCCUUGCGCCGCCCUCCCUCGCAGCCCGAGAGGACCGCCUCAGCGCGCUCUUUGCGACUCACCCACGCGCCACCACCGACCUGCAGAUGCUCGACCGCCUGGCCGCGGGCCUCGUCGCCUUGCCGCGCACCACCUACGACCUGGUACUGGUCCUGACCGACCCCGACGGCUCACGCCGGGCUGAAGCCUUUUCGCUGCUUCGUGACAGGAAUGUCUGGGCGCGGUUGGUGCCUGCUAUCAAGGCCGGAGGCCGGGUGAGGAGCGAGGAUGAGAGUUUGAGUGCCGGUGGUGGCGGUGGUGUCGAAUGGCGGGAGGCGGUGCUGGCUGGGUUGGUUGCUUUCACGGACGGAGAGGGUGGUGGGUUUGUCAAGCCGGAGUAUGAGGAGGAGGCGGUCGUGCCGCUGCGGUUGGGGCUGGGGAAGAGGAAGAUGGAGGGGAAUGGUGGUGUGGCUGCUACACCUGCGCCUGCGACGGUCGGGGUGGGGUUUGUGGACUUCAGUGACGAUUUGAAUUUGGAUGCCGAGGAUGACGAUAAUGUAAUUGACGAGGAGACUCUGCUCACGGAGGAGGACAUGCGGCGGCCGAUCCAACAGCCGCCCGAGUGUGCGCCGCAGCCGGGCAAGAAGCGGCGGGCCUGCAAGGACUGCACUUGCGGCCUGGCAGCGAGACUGGAAGCCGAGGACAAGGCGCGGCGCGCCAAGGCGAACGACGGCCUGAACACGCUGAAGCUGAAGUCGGAGGACCUCAAUGAGCUCGACUUUACGGUCCAGGGCAAGACUGGGUCCUGCGGCAGCUGCUACCUAGGCGAUGCAUUUCGGUGCGCCGACUGUCCAUACAUUGGUCUGCCGGCAUUCAAACCCGGCGAAGAAGUCAAGAUUCUCAACAACGCUGUCCAGCUUUGA